AUGAACCAAAAGGCCUUGCAGAUUGCAUCUUUGUGCAUGGAAGUCAUAAAUGAUCCAAAUAGUUGCCUGGGAAGGAUAGGGGAUGUGCUUGCAGAAGUCGAUAAGGACACAUCUGAUGAAACAAGGGGACUUGUGUAUUUAUCUGUGCUGAAGGUGUUUAAGGCCAUUAUUCCAUUGUAUAAGGUACGAACUCUAAAGGAUGUUGUUAAGGACAAAAGAGAAAGCUUACACCUGAAGGGAUAUGACAAGACGCUUCUUAAAUGGUACACGGCGUAUGUUAAGAUGCUGGUCGAUGACCGUUCGGAUGCGAGCUAUGUUUCUCUGUGCGAGCUUUUGAAGCACUUUGAUCACUUCAACUGCACAGACAAGAUUGUGUCGAGGGUUCUUGAGGGAUCUGUGGGCAAUGGGCCGGUACCUGAGAUGUGCUGCGAAACAAUCAAGCUGAAGAUGCAUGAGGACUGGGCAGGGGAGCUGAUAAUUGUGAUAAUCAACCAGAUGCUAGAUUAUGACUACAAUCCUGUCGUUCUAGAGUACCUUUUGAGCAUCCCACUUGUGGACAAAUCACUGAAAUCCGAUAGUCAAAGGGCAUCUGACUAUUGGAGAGCCAACAGGUCUGCAUCGAAAAAAAACGAGAAGGAGAAGAUAUUCGUUAGGAAGAAGCUGCUUGACAAGAAGCUAAGGAAAGUGGAGAAGCAAAGACUGAUUGCGCAAUCAGAAGCAAGAGAUGAAGAAGACAUCGAAGGGAGAAUUGAGGAGAUAAAGAAUUGCAAAAAGAUACAUGAUGCGAUACUCAGGUUGUAUUUCACUGUUCUUAAAAGUGACAGGUACGAUUGCUACAAAAGCACAUUUUUAGGGCUUGUGAAGUACAGAAAGAUUCUUUGUGCAGAGUUUAUGGAAGGCCUGUAUUUUCUACUGUGCAGCAAUCUGGAUAAGCUUUGCUCGGAUUUGAAGAUUCAGGCAGUGAAGUGUGUGAUGAUUCUUUAUGGCUCUGAGGGAUAUGACUUUGAAAAGCUGGUUAAUGCAAUGUAUGGGGUAAUAUAUCCCAUGAAUAUGGAAGCGGUGUGCAUUUCUGAGGUUGUCAAGGCAACCAGGCUUUUGUUUGUGCACAAAAGGCAACCUUCUCACCGAGCACGGGUGUUUGCAAGAAGACUUAUGCUGUAUGGAUGCACCAGAUUCGCACCUGAGAUGGGAAAGCUAGCCAAGGAGAUUUCUGUGGUCUAUGACUUUGAGUUUUCAGAAAUUAGCAACGCAUUGCUUAAGGAUACUGAUAUAGAGUGCACAAAGGUUGAUUAUGUUCCCGAGGCACCGUUCUUUGAACACUUCCUUUUAAAGCAGAUAAUAUAA